AUGUCACACCGACAGUUUCUAGACAGGUGCCGCGAGGUCAACGGGCACGGAAAGGAUGCAAGAUGCUCCAUUGGUAUAUGGAAGGAUAACGUCAGUGAGAAGGGGAAGGCUGAAUGCGAUCCAUGCCGUAUCAAACGAGAGGAGAAGGAGAGACAGUUAAAGCUUGUCAUAAGAUAA